GAAUGAACGAAAACAAUAUCAGGAGGAAAAGCAGGAAAAUUGAAAGCUGAACCACUAGUAUCAGUCCAUUACCGAUCUCCAAAAUUUGUGUAAUCUGCGCUGAAAGCAAGUGCCCAAGCACCAAGCAUGACUUGGUCGCCUUGACAGGCAAUUAAGGCGCGCCCUAAAGCAUAAUUCACCUUGAAAGCCGCCAUGCUGUCCCAGCAUGAAAACCUAGGCCUGUUCUACCGGGAGCUCUACCGGAGCAAAUUCAAGGCAGCCAUUGCGGCGGGGACGGCACGACCUCUCGUCCUGCCGUUCGACCUCGUCGGGUCCUUCAUCCUCCCGGCCCUCUACCUGUGCAUCCCACACACGCGACGACCAUGGCUGUACAGGAUGAGGUUUGCCGUCAUGGCCCUGGUUAUCUACCUCAACCUCGCCAUGAUCGGCUGCACUUCCAGCGCCAAUGUGGCGGUGGCGUACGGGGCAGGCCUCUUGGGCGGUUGGGGCAUCAUCUGGACCAUGAUGCUGCUCAUCUGGACCCGUCCCCAAUUCGAGGCUGCGCGGGUCGAGAGGCGGCCAAGGAGGCCGAAGACGGUGGCUAACGGCAAUGGUGCCGUUUCGGGUGCGGGUGUGGAGACUCAGGGGAAGGCAACCGCUCCGGAUGAGAGGGUAUCCAAGGUUCUGGAUGAGUACGAAUAUUACUGGCAAUCUUAUCCGGCAGAUGGAUCCUUUCUCACGCGGCUGGAUUGGGUUACCGACCUUCUCACGGCGUUUAGAGGUUCAGGAUGGAACUGGGCCAUCUCCUCGAUUCCUCACUUCCAGCGGCCCGUGAACCCGCACUCCGGGGAGCUGGUCAAGCUCGACACCAUCCCCCUGGUCACGCGCUCGGGCUACACCCGCUUCCGGACCUACUCGUCCUUCCUCCGCGACCGGCUGUGGCGCAUCGCCUUGUCCUACCUCGCCCUCGACUUCUGCAGCGUCUCCAUGAUGAAAGACCCCUACUUCAUCCUCGGGCCCGACGGCCCGCACCGGCACCCGCUCCCCCCCCACCUCGCCGCCCUCUCCGACCCCCUCCUCCAGGCCUGGCGCAGCGCCCUCUCCCUCCUCGGCAUCAUAUGCGCCAUCCAUCUAGUCUUCUCCCUCGACCAGCUCUGCCGCACCAUCCCCAUCCCCGUAACCCUCGGCCCCCGCGCAGACCUCUGGCACUACCCCUCCACCUUCGGCUCCUUCGCAAACGUGCCCCGCCGCGGGCUCGCCGGCUUCUGGGGCGCCUGGUGGCACCAGACCUUCCGCGCCGCCUUCACUGCCCCGGCGGCCUGGCUCGCCCGCCGCGGCCUCCUCCCUCGGUCCCCCGCCAACUCCGCCGCCGCGGGGCUCGUCGCGUUCCUCCUGAGCGGCGCCCUGCACGCGGCCGGGGCCGCCACCGCCGGCAUCGUGGCGACGACGACUUCGCCGAGCCCGUCGUCGUCGUCGCUCGCCUUCUUCCUGCUCAGCUGGGUCGGCGUCGUGGCGCAGGCGGCGUGGGGCGCGGGGCCGGCGCCGGCGCUGCUGCUGCUGCUGCCGCGGGGCCGGUGGCGGCGGUGGGUGUCAGGGGCGGCGAACGUUGCAUUCGUGGGUCUGUGGCUGCACUUCACGCGGUGGGCGCUCGUCGACGACCUCAGCCGGUCGGCGAUAUGGCUGUUUGAGCCCGUGCCUGCGUCGCCGCUGCGGGCGCUUGGGCUGGGCAGGCCUGGGGAUUCGUGGUGGCGCUGGGAUCGGGAUUUGUCCCCCCGGUGGUAUGUUGGGAGACGGUGGUGGGAGACGGGGAUUACGCUUUGAGAGGGGGUCGGGUAAGGGAGGACCUGGGAUGCAUGCAUGCAUGGUUAAUCUGGUUGGAGGAAGAGAACGGGGUAUUGUAUUAUACAGCUGCGUAUACCCAGCUUGAAAGCCAGAGUUUGGGCAUUUAUUGGUGUUGUAGAGAUUCUAGAUCGGUAUUAUGGCAAAUCUUGAGAAGGGCUCAUAGAGAAACAAUGGAGGGCGGAUAGCCCACUUCUGUCUGUUAUGUUUAUUUCAUGUGACGAGUUCCCAGACCCUGGUUUCUCAGAUGUCUCAACAUCCUGCCGAUGAUGAAUUUUUUGCUGCCUGCAAUAACGGUCUCCAAUCCACCCCCUUUUUGCUCGACACCUGGUGCACUU